AUGCUGGUCUCUACAACAUCCACUCCUUCCGGCCUGGACGCGCCGAAUGCGUCCAAGGUCUCGAAGCCAGACCAGAUCAACAGCAUCAACGACCUCCUCCUGCACAAGGCCGAAACGAUACCAAACACGCCGCUCAUCGCGUAUCCGGCCUCGGAACACAGCAGCAGCGAUCUAGCAGAGUACACGGCAAAAGACCUCGAUGCAUUCGUCGACGAGGCAGCAAAGGAAUACACCCGUCUGGGUCUCCUGCCAAAGGAAUCCCGCAGCACAGCCAGCGAAGUCGUAGCGCUCCUCGGGCCCUCGAACCUCGACUACGUCAUCACGCUCCUCGCCCUCUCGCGCAUGGGCUUCGCCGUGCUCUUCCUGUCGACGCGCCUCCCCACCGAAGCCUACGUCUCGCUGCUGCAGAAGACAUCCUGCACCAAGAUCGUCGCCUCCCCGCGCUUCGCCAGCACCAUCGUCGAGGACAUCCGCGGCGAGGGCGGCUACCCCAUCUCCUCCUUCCCGCAACUCGACAAGUCCAUCUACGGCCGUCGGCCCUCGUCUAGCGCGCGGUUCCAGCGCCGCACGGAGCUUGUCAACGAGGAGCAGUGCAUCUCGUUCAUCGUGCACAGCUCGGGCAGCACGGGGCUGCCCAAGCCCAUCUACCAGACGCACCGGGCCUGCCUGUCCAACUACGCGCUCGGCUCGGGCAUGCGCGCCUUCGUCACGCUGCCCCUGUUCCACAACCACGGCCUCGCCACCACGUUCCGCGGGAUUGUCAGUGGGAAGCGGACGGUGCUGUUCAAUGCGAGUCUGCCGCUGACGAAUGCGCAUCUGGUGGAUGCGAUGAGGGCGGCGGAUGCGGAGAGCUUUCAUUGCGUGCCGUAUGCGUUGAAGGUGUUGGCGGAGAGCGAGGAGGGCAUCGAGCAGUUGAGGAGGUGUCGGCUCGUGUUGUUUGGGGGGAGCAGCUGUCCGGAUGAGUUGGGAGAUGAGCUGGUCAGGAGGGGGGUGUAUAUUGUCGGGCAUUAUGGCGCGACGGAAAUGGGCCAGCUCAUGACGUCGUUCCGCGACCCGGAGUCGGACAAGGCGUGGAACUAUGUGCGGCCACUGCCCAAGGUGGCGCCGUACCUGCGCUUCGUCGACAUCGGGGCGGGCGUGUACGAGUGCGUGGUGCUGGACGGGCUGCCGUCCAAGGUCAUCUCCAACUCGGACGAGCCGUGGCCCAACUGCUUCCGCACGCGCGACACGUUCGUCCCGCACCCGACCAUCCCGGACGCCUGGAAGUACCUGGGCCGGCUGGACGACCGCGUCACGCUCAUGAACGGCGAGAAGGUGCUACCCAUCCCCUACGAGCACCAGAUCCGCCAGCACGAGCUCGUCCAGGACGCCCUCGUCUUCGGCGUCGGCCGCGCCUUUCCCGGCUUGCUGGUCAUCCCGAGCGAGAAGGCUGCGGGCAUGAGCAAGGAGGAGCUGCUGGACGCCCUCGCCCCGGCGAUCAAGACGGCCAACGCCCGCGCGGAGAAGUUCGGCCAGGUGGAGCGCGAGAUGGUCGAGAUCCUGCCGCUGGGCACCGACUACCCGCGCACCGACAAGGGCACCAUGAUCCGCGCCGCCUGCUACAAGAAGUUCGACGAGCUCAUCGACAGCGUCUACGCCCGCUUCGAGUCGGGCGAGGGCAUCACGAAGCGCAAGCUCGACGCCGAGGGGCUGCGGACGUACCUGGCCGACCUCUUCGCCAACCGCGUCGGCGUCGCCGGGCUUGGUCUCGACACGGACUUCUUCGACGCGGGCAUGGACAGCCUGCAGAGCAUCUCGGCGCGCGGCCACAUGCAGCGCGAGCUCGACCUGCGCGGCGCCGUGCUGGGGUCAAACGUCGUCUUCGAGCAUCCGUCCAUCGCCCGCCUGGCUGCGCACCUCGACGCGCUUGCCAACGGGACCUCCAACACCAUCGACCCCGAACAGGCCGAACUCGACCUCAUGCGCGACCUCGUCGCCAAAUACAGCUCCUCCCUCCCCGCCUUCACGCCCAGCAACCCCCUCCCCGCCCCAGACACCGACACCGUCCUCCUCACCGGCGCCACCGGCUCCCUCGGCGCCCACAUCCUCGCCCAACUCCUCCCGCAGCCCCACAUCGCCAAAAUCUACACCCUCGUCCGCGCCCCCUCUCCCGACGCCGCCCACGCCCGCGUCCUCGCUUCCCUCCAAACCCGCCACCUGUCCCCUGACCCCGCCCUCCUCGCCGCCAAGCUCGUCGCCCUCCCCGCCGACCUCUCCCAACCCACCCUCGGCCUCGACGCCGCGACGUACGAGACCCUCCGCACCACGCUGACGUCGGCGAUCCACUCCGCCUGGGCCGUCAACUUCAACCUCGGCGUCAGCAGCUUCGCGGCGCAGCACGUCGCCGGCACCGCGCACCUGCUGCGUCUCUGCCUGAGCGUGCCGUGGGCGCGCCCGGCGCGCUUCGCGUUCGUGUCGAGCAUCUCUGCCGGCGCGGGGACGCCGAUUCCGGCCGUCGUAAGGGAGGCGCUGGUGGAGAGGCCGGAGCAUGCGCAGGGGAUGGGGUACGCGCGGAGUAAGUGGGUGACGGAGCAUGUUGUUGGUGCUGCGGCGAAGGCGGGGGCCAGCAGCGGGGGCAUCAGGGUGUUGAGGACGGGCCAGAUUGUAGGUGAUAGCGUGCACGGCGUGUGGAACGAGACGGAGGCCAUUCCGCUGAUGGUCAGGGCGGCGAGGGGCAUCGGUGCGCUGCCGAGGUUGGAUGAGAGUCCGGCGUGGUUGCCGGUCGAUGCGUGUGCGGAGGCGGUGGUGGAGCUGAGUCGGGCGGGGGUGGCGUUUAAGGAGUGGGUUGAGCAGAGCGAAACCGAGGGCGACGGCCUAGUUUUCCACGUCCAGAACUCGAAGACGUUCAGGUGGACAGAGGACCUGCUGCCGGCGCUAAGGGCCGCGGGCUUGGAGUUCGAGGAGGUGGGUCAGCGCGAGUGGGUGCAGCGGCUGCGCGAUGGCGAGCAGGAUCCGAAGAAGAAUCCGACCGUCAAGCUGGUCGAUUUCUUUGCUGAGAAGUACGAUAAUGAUCGGCCGGGCCGCAAGGGGCUGGUUUUCGCGACGGAGAAGACGGCCGAGAAGAGUAGGGUUAUUAGGGAGGGGGUGGAUGUUAUUGGGGAGGGGGUUGUGGAUAAGUGUGUGAAGGAAUGGUUGAAGAGCUGGUAG